CGUGCCCUAGGCGCCACUGAGGUGGGGGCGCCAUGCCAGUUCCUGCCACCCCCACCCCAUUGCCCAGCCCCAGGGCCCCUCAGCCACUUGCCUCCAGCUCCGGCCUAGGAUCGGAGCAGCCUGCAAACUGCAGAGCUCUUCUCUCCCCGCCUCUCAGCUGAUCAGCGGGUGGGUGGGGCUUCCAGAGAGGCCUCCGAGUAGGCCUCCCUGAAGCCUGAACUCUGCAGGCCCGAAGGGAGGCAGGAAGCCAGGAAGGAGGCUGGCAGAGCUCCCUGAAGCAGACCAGACCAUCCAGCACAGCUUUUGCACCAGGUAGGCUGUGAAUUCCUUUUUGUGGUUACCCCCCUAUAUAGGGAUCUGCUUGCCACAGGGCUUUGAUAUGGGGGGAUGGGGCGAGACUGAGAAGUCUCUGAAUAUUUAAUUUAAAACAGACUGAAAAAUGGGCUGGCUUUAAAAACAAAAACUAUCUAAAAAGGCCUAUAAGUGGCUUGUUUCAUUUCAGAUAAUUACAAACACUUCUGGAACAAAUAUUUAUUUAUUUAUUUAUUCAUUCAUUCAUUCAUUCAUAAAUGCACUUAUGUUCAAGUUGUUUUGCAAUCCAGAAGGUCUGAGUGAGAACUGUGAAGCAUGUGUUGUGCUUUUAUUUUAUUUUUCUUGUGUGUGAACUGCUCUGCAUAACGUGCAGGGACGUUAAAGGUAAAUCUGGCCAACAUGUGAAUGCAGCACCUCCAUUCCAGAGGAGAUGUGUGUUAAAGGGCUUUAAAAGCCUUGUGUGAAAAACCUCCUGGAAUCAAACUUUACUGAAUUUGUUCAGAAUUCUGAGAAAGCAAACAUAGGCUCACUCUGCAUGGUUGAAAGUCUCCUUUGCUAAUCUGCAGCGAGGGGGCCAUUUUACUAAUUAGCGUUGCUAGUGUGUUCUAGGCAUUAAAAUAUAUAGUACUCAAUGUAUAUUACUAUAGACUGUGAAGUGUGCAUGUGUGUAUUCAGUGAAAUGUAUUUCCAGGCAGCAUACUUAUUUUGAAAUAUCAGACAUAAAUCCUUGGGGGCCUGGGGUGUGUGGAGGCCCUGGACUUUGAGGGGCUGGGGGCCCAUUUUAAAAUCUCAUCUUGGCCCAUUCCAACCUUGCUAUGCCCCUGGCGGUCACUACACAUGGGUUUCUGCACAACACCUGCACAGAAGAAACUUCCAUGUAGAAAAUGUGUCUCUUGUAAAUUGACCGUGAAUUUUCCAUCCAUGACUGGGAUAUUUGAGAGUUAGAAUCAAUAAUAAAAGAACAGCACACUGCUUGUGACAGGAAGGGGCAAAUUACAAUGAUUUCUUAGUCUGGCAGGGGCUGGUUUUGGCACUGGCAGAACUUGGCUGUCUGCUCCUGUUGCAAAUGCCUCUGUCUAGUGUGGCAAACUAAUGUAUCCUCCUCCCUCUUGGUGUCAAAGUAAGCACUGGUGUGGUGAAUGAGCCAACAGUCAUCAUAAGACAAAGGCUGGCAGGAAUCAUUCACUGGCUUAUAGACCCACCACCACCACCACCUUCUUCUUCCCCUAUUUUGCUAGUGGCUAUUUGGGCAGGUGAUCCUCUAGGACAAAGUCAUGUUUUUUUAAAAAAGAAUGAGAUGAGACAGAGAAAAUGACACUUGGAAUCCUCACAUAACUCCUGACUGUUGAUCUAAGUCUUUUACAGAGAUGGCUCAUGUUUUCAGGUUUUGAUCAACAACCAUGUCUAGAUGGUACAGUGUUCCUUUUAACAGGGAUUUCCAGAUAUUGUUGACUACAAGUCCCAUCAUUCCUGUUUGGACAGGGGUGCAAUUUCAGUGCUUGCCCUAGGCGCUAUUUUCCCUAGUUACGCCUCUGGGUGGAACUCAUUUGGGGGGCUUCCAAAUGCUCUCUGCAACAGCAUCCUCACUUAAAGUGUUUCCUCAGAGGGGCAACUCUACUCUCUCCCCAGUGGGCACCGUCUCUCUACAUGCAGUGGCAUACUGUCCUUCAGGCUCUCUGGGGUUCCCCUUUUGAACCAGUGAAGUCCAUUCCACUACGCCUCCUAUCUUUAGAGCUUGCCUUCCUCAGACCGGUCUCUUUGGCCCUCAGGGUGUCAGAGCUCCGCGCCCUGUCAGUGCAUCAGAGCUGGUGCAUUUUUUCUGAGGUCUCUGUUGGGCUAAUUCUGGCCUCCUUUUUUUUUUUUUUGCCAAAGUUGGCCUCACCUUUUCACAUGUCACAAGAUGUGGGUUUGCCCUUACUUUGCCAAACACUGGUGUACCCGACAGAGUAGGCCUGGCGCAGGUUGGUCGUCCAUAGAUGUCCAAAGACAUACAUAAAACAUCAACACAUAUUUGUACCACGGAAUCACGUUCUGUUUCCUCUUUACCUCAAAUGAUGGAUCAGGCCGCUUCCCCUGCCACCAUAGCUCGGUGGUUAAGGGCUUGCAUAGCAAAAUAAACAGUUUGCUUAUUCUACCAGGGCCGCAGCUACCUUGGCUGUUUUUUCUACUACCACUCCUGUCUGGGAUAUUUGUAGAGCAACUACCUGGGGGGCUCCAUCUACUUUCACCAGACAAUAUUAAUUGGACUCUUUCACCUCUGCCCAAGUGGCUUUUGGGAGGCAGGUUCUCCAGCUGAUGCUUCCUCCAGAGUAGGCGGGGGUGCUCCCUCCCUAGUUGGGGCUGAGGGCUGUGGUAUGUCCCCACACUGAGACGUCCUUGGAUUGCAGCAGCAGAGAAUGGAGCUUUGGUUCACUCACCGUGAAGGCUGCUUCUUGCUGCUGCAUCCAAGGACAUCUCAACCCUCCCUUCAGCACCUCCACCUCCUUUUUACCUAGGACACCUUUGUGAGUUAUAUUUUCAGACUGUCCACCAGUUGUUCUUGACACCCUGUGGUUGGUUCUUUGUCAUGGUUUGUGGUUCCGCUUGUUCUAUGUUUACUGAUCAAUGUUUAUCUUUGAGGUACUCUUUGCCUCUUGGCCUAAAAGAACUGGGGGGUGGGCAUGCUCCCCUGGCUCCUAAAGGCUUCAACUUAAUUUGCAUAGUCCUGCCUUCGAGCCACGUGGAGAAGCAUAACCCACACUGAGAUGUCCUUGGAUGCAGCAGCAAGAAGAAGCCUUCACGAUGACAGGAAGAGUUUUGACUGAGAGCUUUGCCACAACUGAAGUGUGCGAGUGUUAGGAAAAACACAGCGCCUUAGAGGUGGUUUAGAUCCUUCUGAAUAUCAGAAGCCAGCUGUAGCUAAAGAAAAGUUUAUCUAGAUAACAAAGUUUGAAUGAAACGAGCAAAAGAACCAUGCCUAGUUUCAUAGCUGAUGCAGAUCAAAAAACAUUCCUCUCAGUGAAGCGUCUUUCAGCUUUUUCAUAGCCAAUAAAAUGAGAGCCAGUGUCACCAUGCUCAACAUUGAUGCCCCUCGCUGGGACCAGAACACUUUUAUGGGACGCGUAAAACACUUUUUCAACAUCACUGACCCUAGGACAUUGCUGGUGUCAGAGCAUGAACUGGACUCAGCGAAGGCGCUGGUGGAGAGCUUCAGGGCAGGUAUGGUGCCCCCAGGAACCAACCAGGAGCAACUUUUCUAUGCCAAGAAGCUUUAUGACUCUGCUUUCCACCCUGAUUCUGGGGAGAAGAUGAAUUUGAUAGGGAGGAUGUCAUUUCAGGUUCCCGGAGGAAUGGCAAUCACUGGCUUCAUGCUACAGUUCUACAGGACGGUCCCAGCUGUUGUUUUCUGGCAGUGGGUGAAUCAGUCUUUCAAUGCCAUUGUGAACUACACCAACCGGAAUGCUGCCAGUCCCAUCUCACUCAAGCAAACUGGAGUUGCUUAUGUCACUGCCACCAGCACUGCCUUGGCAACCGCCGUGGGACUCAACCUUUACACCAAGAGAGCCCCCUCCCUCGUUGCCCGUUGGGUUCCCUUUGCAGCAGUAGCUGCUGCUAACUGCGUGAAUAUUCCCUUGAUGAGGCAGCAGGAACUGAUUAGUGGGAUCUUGGUGACAGAUGAAAAUGACAACCCUCUGGGAGAGUCCAGGAGAGCUGCAAUCAAGGGGAUAACCCAGGUGGUGAUUUCCCGCAUCACCAUGGCUGCUCCUGGCAUGAUUUUGUUGCCCAUUAUCAUGGAGAGACUAGAAAAAUACCCAUUCAUGAAGAAAAUCCAGGUCCUGCAUGCUCCAUUGCAAACAAUACUCGUCGGAGGGUUCCUUGUAUUCAUGGUUCCAGUUGCCUGUGCACUCUUCCCACAAAGGAGCUCAAUUGCCCUUUCACACCUGGAGCCUGAUCUCCGAGAGUCAGUUGUGGCCAAAUAUGGGGACAAAGUGCCUUACGUCUAUUUUAACAAAGGUUUAUGAAUGGAACAGCCCUCUCAAGAACUCAGUGAAUCUGCUCACUGUGCUGCAACAUCCCACCUCCAAAUCCUUACCCUGGAGAUGCCUCUGAAAUAACAUGGUUAGGAGAUGAGUUCAAGAUACCUCAGAAAGAGCAGCUCUGAACCUCCAUUUCUAAUGCUUUGGUGUGAGGAGUUGUAUAGAUGGGGAAAUUUGGGCUUUGUCGAGGGUUUCGCUUUGGACUGUUCUCCUUGUGGUCCCAUCCUUAUGCUUGGAAAUAGAUUUGGGCUUUGAUAUGAGGUCAUAGUCAUCAUGUGCUUGGCAGUAGUGGUGGUGGGGAAUCUUCUGCCUUUUUCUAGUAUUGGUCAGAAAUGGAAUGACUUUCUUGGUCUGAGUCAGUUGCUCUCUGUCACAUGCCCCACGUCAUCCUGCCAUGUUCCUCUCGGCACUGAAGGCCACACAUCAGUAGUUCUAUUCAGACAUUAUGUUGUACCUGCAUUCAGAUGUCUGGAUGCAUUUACAUGUUUUUGUGUGAAUUACUGUACCUGUGUUUGUUUUAAAAGUGAACUUGGGUACAAGUCCCUCAACUGUAUGGUGCAACAGAAAAGCCGUAUUCAGACAUUACUACAUUUACCUGAAUCCAAGACUAGUUUCUCCCCCAGGUUUUUUGAUAUUAGAAAUUAGGGGGUCCUCUUAAAUUCAGAGACCUGUUCCUUUCGAGUAAAUGCAAGUAUAACCUGUAUUUAAUCUCUACUUUUUGAGAGGGCCAUCUUAAAUUCAGAGUCUUCUGUUUGGUUAAAUACAAGUAUGUUGUACCUGUGUUCAGCUGUCUACACAGGUGUAUGUUUUUGUGUGAAUGACAAUACCUCUAGUCAUUUUAAAAGUGACCCCAGAUACAGGUCCUUCAAAUGUAUGAUGCAGAUAGAAAAGCCUUAUUCAGAAAAUAUGUUGUAGCUGUGUUCAGGUGUCUGUAUGUAUUUCUCUGCUGCUGGAGUCCAAGGGCAUCUCACGUGUGGGUUAUGCGAUCCCAUGUGACUCUAGAGGCAGGUCUAAGUUAAUUAGUUUUGCCUUUGAGGCUGGGAGGAGCUAACCCACCUCAGUUCUUUUAGUACUGCAGGGCUCGAGGCAGCUCCUUCCCAAUUCUCCUGAGUUUUUCUCUCCUUCCUGCUAACUUGGCCUCCACUUCUCAGCCUCCCCCCUCCCCCCCUCCCUUCCUCUUUAUGCUGCAUGGAAAGGGCCAGCAGGGUACUCCAUAUUAGAGUACCAAGGGGGAAGAAAGGUUCAGGCUGUUGCAAGGCUUCGUUUAGGCUUCGGAGUUGCUGCGAGGCCCUCUACAGGGCAGACUUCAUCGGCAGCCUCCAUUCUCAGCCACAAAGCUCCAGAAUGCGCCGCCAUCGCCCAUCAGCUGUUCAGUGGCAUUCUGGAGUUGCAAACAAGGCCAGCGGCCAUUGCGGAGGGCAGGGAAGCGGCCCAAGCAUCGACUCCAUUGCUGCUUCCUUCCAGCCCUACCUGCCGACCACCAGCAGCAAUGGCAUUCCCACUACCCCUGCAUGCCCAUCGAGGCCUCGUGGGCCCAGUCCCUCUGGCAAUGGCUUGUUCCGGCCAGAAGGCCCCCAAGAAGACACAGAGUAAUGUGGGGACAGCACCUGAGACCAUGUCAGUGGGCACUUCUUUUACGAAGCAAUUGCUCCCCACCCCCGCGCAGUGGUGACAAGGAGCUUGGCUAUGACUGGCACAUCUGAACUGAUGAGCUCGGCCCAUGAUGGGUCUACUGAAUCUGCUGCUUCUCACCUUGUAUCCCUCAAGGUCAUCUAGUCUGACCCCGAAUUUAACCACAAUCCAGACUUUAACUCAAAUGACUGGGGAUGUGCCACCUACCUGGGGGUCAUAGUUUGUGGGCUUAUUGGCAAAUUCCUUUGAGAAAUAUGAUAAAUUGAAGUCCAAAAAGUGAAAAAGGCUAAGAAAAAGAGAAAGCACGUGAAAAUGUCUUUAAAAAGCUAGAUCCAGGUCUAGACAAAGGGAACGCAGUGUACACUCAUCUGAGCCCAUAGCUCAGUGGCUGAAUGUGUGCAUAACAUUAGCCUACGAAUCCCAAAAUCUCAAGGCACCCACGAAAAUUCUUGCCCAUUCCAUGAGGUCUGCAGUGGCCUCGGCUUCUUUUUCAACCGACGCCCCAUCCAGGAUAUCUGCCGAGCAGCCACCUGGCAGGCACCUUCCAUGUUCACCAAACAUUAUGAAUUGGACGCCUUUUUCUCCGCUCAGGCGGCUUUGGGAGGCAUGUUCUACAACAGGUCCUUCCUGCACGGUAAGUGCCUGGCUCUCCCCCCUCCCCCAGUUGGUUUUAGGGCUGUGGUAUGUCCCCACACGUGAGACGCCCUUUGACUCCAGCAGCAGAGAAUGGAACAUUGGUCACUCACUGUGAAGGCUCCUUCUUGCUGCUGGGUCCAAGGACGUCUCAACCCACCCUUGAUGCCGGUGUAUACUGUCCAGAAUCCAGGGGAUCAUAGUCUGCAAAUUUUUUUGAACAACUUAUUUUAUAGUAUUUUUUAUUAUUGACCACACUACCAUACAGGAAUGGCAGUAGUAAUCUGGUCAGGUUGUUUGUUGACAUGUUAUUCCUAGUUUCUACCAGGUUUUUAUAGAGUUUGAAGUACCUAUCACAUAUUGGCCUAAAAGAACUGAGGUGGGUUAGCUCCUCCCAGGCUUAAAAGCGAAACUAAUUAACUUAGUCCUGCCUCUGGAGUCACAUGGGAUCACAUAACCCACACACGAGACGCCCUUGGACCCAGAAGCAAGAAGCAGCCUUCACGGUGAGUGACCAAUGCUCCGUUUUGUGUGAAUGAGUACCUACAGUCAUCUUAAAAGUGAACCUGAGUACAGGUCCCCUGAAAUGGGUACAGAUAGGACUGCUGUACCUGUGUUCAACAUAACAUGUGAACAACUGUACCUACAUACAGAUCUGAAUCUGUGUACACUGGGCUAAUGUCUCUACCUGAUUCAAGAAAGAUCCUUCCCAGUUGCCUUUGUGUUUUCCCCUAGAGAGUCCAUUCUGCACAUAUUGUAUUAUGUUAGGUACCUGGCAAAGAACAGAGAAGAUCCCUGUAUCCAACUCUGGAAAAUCCCAAAGAGGAAGACUUAAUUUCUGUUCCCAACCUUGUCCACCCUACAUCAGUCAUAUUGAAAGAAAAAACUGUGUUUUGUUCAUUCAAAACCUAUUCCUAAAAUAGUGUUAAAUGCCAACACAUUUAUAAUGCUUUAUAUUUCUCUGUUUUAAAAUAGUAGAUUAGAUGUUGUUUCAGUCUGUCUAUCUGUCUAUAAAUUCUACUCUAGGUACCUACUACUUAGUUUACUGACAAAGGUGCUAAUUGAGAGUUUGUUCAACAUUUUGCUAUAUCUGAGCAGGUAGAUAGCUCAGCUCUAAGGACUUGCAAGCAGACAGAUUUAAGCUAUCUUUAAGAUGUCUAGGGCUUUAGAUUUAAGUUAUUUAGUAGUUUAGCUUAGAAAGGUUAUCUUUAGUAAUGUGCAAACAAGCUAUACCGUUUACAGAAACAGCUGACCUGUUUCUUUUCUUUCUUUCUUUUUUUUGGUAACAAGCUCAGGUGAGCCUAUGAGCUAUUUGCCUUAAUUCAUCACAGCAUUGUUUAGGAAACCACCCUGACAAGGAGAACUGAUCAGACCACAAGCAAAUUCUAGAGAUCAAUUUUUCAAAGUAGGAGGAAUGAGGAUCAGCUUUGGGUUGCUUCUGCUGAGAUAAAACACCGGCAGUGACAAUGCCUUGGUGACUUACGCAUGAAUUGCAGAAAGUGAUAUAGAUAAUUCCCCCUCCCCCUUCUCUCAUAAUACUCUAGAAUUCAGGGUCCUUCAGUUACAUUGACUGGCAGGAGGUUCAAGUCAAACAAAAGAAAGUACUUAUUUACACAGUGCAUAAUUAAUUUCUGGAAUUCAUUGUCACAGGAUGUUGUUAUGGCCGCUACCUUAGAUAACUUUCAAAGGGGAGUAGACAAAUGUAUGGAGGAUGGGUCUAUCAGCACCUAUUGGCCAUACUACUAAGGUACUAAGUGGAACCGCCAUGGACAGACCCAGUAUGCCACUGAAUAUCAGCUCCUGGGAGCAACAGCAGGCAAGUGCUGUUUCCUUCACACCCUGUUUGUGGGUUUCUUGGAGGCAUCUGAUUGGCCAAGUAGGAACAGGAACAAGAUGCUGGACCUUUGAACUGAACCAGCAGGGCUCUUCUUAAACUCCCAUAGCACUCCUAACAAGAAGAUAUUUUUUAGUUGGGUGUACCCGUCUCUAUAGAUCUUUUCCCCAACCUCCCAUCUGUACAGCUACAUCCCCUAACUUUGUGCAUUCAGUUUCUAUGCAACUCUGGGGUUUCCAGAUAGAUGCUAUGUCUGUCUUUCCAGAGCAGUUUCUGUCCAGCAUGUUUGUGGCCAAAAUCUAUCUUAGUUCAUACUGGGUGCAAAAACCCAAAUAGGUACAAAUUGUGGGAGUUACUCCAGGUUUUACACUGGAUGAGUGGAUAUAGGCCUGUGUACUGUGAUGUUGCUCACGCCUUCAGAAGGACCAAACUCCUCUGCUGAUUAUUAAUCAAGCACAUCAGGGAGCUAUCUCAGCCCAUUCUCUGCCUCCUAUAGGGUUGGAAAUUAGCUUGUAAGCCAUACCUGCUGCAAACAGGUAACCGCCUAAUGGAACUCAAAUGAGUCAGACUGUAAACUGGAUAUUCCUGCUACUAUCUCCUCUUUCCAAGAUCCAGUGAAGAGCAUGCACCUCCUGUUCAUUCACAUAUUACAAUAGGAAAAGAAGGCAAUGUCCUUUCCCCCACUCUAGGAAAUAAUGGUCUUAACUGCUUGUUCUCUCUCCCUAAAACUCCUUCCCAGAAAAAAGGAAUAUACCUUCAGAAUGUGAAAUAGUGAUAGCCUCACGGAAGUGUCUGGACUGUACCACAGUAGAUGGGGGCUCACAUGAUUUUAGUACUCCCCUAUGUAAAGCAAAAACCCUGCACAUAGAAAACUAGAUAUUAUGGGGGAAAUGUAGACCUUACCCCAUCUCCUUGACAUCUGUUUUUCAAUGUGUAGGGAUUUGGGUAUGGCAAAUGAAUAAAUAUUUAGUUUUGUGAGACCCCACCUGCAAUCUGAAGUGGUAUAGACUUGGCACAGGUUUCCCACUACACUGUGCACUAGGCUUGAGUCAAUAGGUUUGCCCAGGAUAGUAUCAGGCUUCCCUCUAAAAGGCUGCUAUCUCCUCUAGUGCAUGCUGAUUUUGUCCUUAAUUAAGGGGGAAAUUUCUGUAGGUCUACACAUAUUCAGCUAUGGCAGCUGGAUCAAUAAGGUUGCCAACCCUCCAAGACUGGCCGGGAUUCUUUGGGAAUUGGCAUCAAUCACCCAGUAACAAUCCUGGAGAUCUUAAUGGCCUGAUAUUGUGAAAAAUAUUGGGGGUGGGGGGAAUCUCCAGGAAUAGCUUCAGUCAGAGCUGUUCACUCUAUCAGUCAAGGAGAGCUGGUCUUGUGGUAGCAAGCAUGUAUUGUCCCCUUUGCUAAGCAGGGUCCACCCUGGUUACACUUGAAUGGGAGACUACAUGUGAGCACUGUAAAAUAUUCCCCUUAGGGGAUGGGGCUGCUCUGGAAGAGCAUCUGGGUUUCAAGUUCCCUCCCUGGCAUCUCCGGGAUAGGCCUUAGAGAGAUUCCUGCCUGCAACCUUGGAGAAGCCACUGCCAGUCUGUGCAGACAAUACUGAGCUAAAUGGACCUAUGGUUUGGCUUGGUAGAAAGCAGCCUGCCAAGUUGUAAGUGGCACAGCCUUGCUAUCUCCCCUCUGUAUUGGAGAUAGCACUUUAAUGCUCUUAAACUAAACAAUAAGAAGAGAUAGCACUAGGGUGUGACUCUGGAAAUUCUUGGUUUCAGCUCUUACCUCAGCCUUGAACUCACUAGGUAACUUUAGGCAAGCCACUGUUCCCUCAGCCUUUGUUUUGCCUCAUCUGCAACUUGGGGAUAAUAGUGGCCUACCUUACAGGACUGUUGUACAUUAUUACUCUGAUAACAUAUGUGAGGCACUUUGAACACUUGAAAUGUGCUAUAUAAAUAUUGUCAUUGUGCAAUCAAUUUCUUAUAUGCAGAAAUCCGAAUGUUUGAGUGCGAGGUGAGGAAGGGUGAGAGAUGGUGCACAGCACCUAAGUAGGCAUGCCUUCUUGAAUCACCCAGAGACUUGCAUAUGGGGUGGUAUACAAGUGUGUUAAAUAAAGAAAUAGCUGCCUUUGCAAAUAUGUUCAUUUGAUAGGUACCUACAAGUUCACAGUGAAACUCUUGUCCCUUGCUGGUAGUUUGUUUAGGCAGCAACUUGUUUUAGGACUCCAGUUUGUCUUGCAUUGAAACUGUUGUGAUUGAAUACAGACACCUUUUCCUGUUCCUGUUUUUUGUUUUUUGUUUUUUAAUGUUGACAUUUGCCCAUUUUCUCAGAAAGAAAGGGCAGAUGACUGUCACAUUUUAUGCUGUUGCUAGCUAAAUGUUGCUAGCUAUGCUGGUGCUGACUAAAGCCUGCUGUAUGGGUUAACAAACAUGGGGAGAUCUGUAUUCUUUGCUAUUCUUGGAUUUGGCUAGGAUGAACUAAUCAAUGCUCAGUGUUGAUGAUGGACAAAAAAAGGUUAAGGUUAUUGCACCUCCAAAUGGGAGGUUCUGUUGUAAGCAAUAGGAAGGAGACAAAAUAAAGCAUUCUGAUUUUA